AUGGUAUGCCUCGCACUGGCUCUUCUCGUAGCAUGCUCAGUCGCACUACCGAUCACAAGACUGCAGGAUGGACGACGGAAGAUUGGAAAACGGCAGGUUCCCGACUUCCUCUUCUCACAAAAUACUGGUUUCCCACUACACCUGUAUCCAGAUGGAAAUGUUACAGCUACCGUUGCUCAAGGCGCAAAUAUAGGAAUGUUCUUUCUUCGAGAAGGCAGCUCGAGAACCGACGCUAUGUUUCGCCACAAUCUCUCCCUGACCAGCGUCGACCAAAACGGUAGCUACCUCCACUUUGUGCAGCUCGUACCGGUCGAAAUGCCGCGAGCAGACAACAACGCGACGUUGAACACGACGUUGAACGAGACGGACGUCCACGACAUCGAUUCGGCGAACGAGACGACGCUCACCGUAGAGGUAGUCGAGGCGUUUCCCGUAGUAUUUCUCGUUCUGGACGACAUCAACGGCGAGGACGAGGCGGGAAUGAUCCGUCACCACAUGUGGACGGAGGAGAGAAUCCCCCACGGGUCCUCCGUUUUGUACCGCUACAGCGUCAUGCUCGCGGACGGCAAAGUGUGUUACUUGGCGUUCGAAGGGGACGGUAUGCCAGUCAAAAACCCAUGUCUAUCACACGAGGAGUUAGAGGCUAAGGCGCUGUUCUCCAGGCUUCAUAACUGA